CAAAAACUUUCUAUAGGUCGGUCACACAAUUAUUCGCUCUCUGUUUCUCUCUCUGUCUAUCAAUCAAUCUAUCUCCAGUGAGUGGUGAAUUAGUGGAGGAAGAAUCAGAUUCAGAGCCAAAAAUCAAACUUUGAGAGAGAAUGGGAUCUGGAGCUGGAAAUUUCAUCAAAGUUCUUUUGAGAAACUUCGAUGUUCUUGCUGGGCCUGUUGUUAGUCUCGUUUAUCCACUACAUGCUUCAGUGAGAGCAAUUGAAACUCAAUCUCACGCUGAUGACAAACAAUGGCUCACUUAUUGGGUUCUUUACUCUUUACUCACACUCUUCGAGCUCACAUUCGCCAAACUCAUUGAAUGGGUACCGAUAUGGUCAUAUGCCAAGCUGAUAUUGACUUGCUGGCUUGUGAUUCCUUACUUUAGUGGCGCUGCUUAUGUCUAUGAACAUUUUGUUAGGCCUUUGUAUGUUAACCCUCAGAGCAUUAACAUUUGGUAUGUGCCUAAGAAGAUGGAUUUCUUCAGAAAGCCUGAUGAUGUGUUGACAGCUGCUGAGAAGUACAUUGCUGAGAAUGGUCCCGAUGCUUUUGAGAAGAUCUUAAGCCGAGCUGAUAAAUCAAGAAGAUAUAAGCAGCAUGAGACCAUGUAUGGUGAGGAGUAUCAGUAUGAAGAGAACUUCAAAAGCUAUUAACUUUAGAGUGUUGUUGAAGCUAGCAAGUUCAUGUCUUUGAUGCUUGUUUGUUUUGCUGCUUACUAUUUUGUGUGAAUCUAUGUGGUGUAAAAAAAAGAAGUGCUAAUAAUGGAAUCAAAUUACAAUGUUUGUGAGACUAGACAACAUGAGGUUUGUUCAUAUAUCUUUAAACUUAUUGAAACCUG